GGGGGCAGUCGGGGGCUGGAGACCGCGGGGUAUAGCCGGGCGGGGCAACUCGCCCGGCCCCGCCCCGGGGGCCCGAUCCCGGUGUCGGCGCUGCGUGCGCGCUCCUCCCGGCGGCCGCGCAGGUACGGCGUUCCCGGAUAGUGUUCCACGGGCUGCAGCCAGGGGCCCGAACAGAACAAAGACUCACUGUGCCUCCGCGAGCUGAAUCUAGAGCCACUUUACUUUGGGCACCAUGCUGGGACUAUCAGUUCAUUCUCUAAAACUGGAGUGCCCCAUUAGACCUGCAACGUACACCUCUUCUCCAUCUCCAUCCCUUCCCUGGGUGUACAAAUCACAAAUGUCGUCAAAUAAUGGAAGAUCCAGGAAUUGGGACAGGCACUACGAUGAGGUCCCAGGGGACUUGCCUUGUCAAGAUAGCACCGUAAGAACCCUUCAGACUCUUCACAACGGUGAGCUGGCUGUGAGCGCUGAUCCUUUGCCACCACCCCCUCUCCCAUUACAGCCGCCAUUCGGCCCAGACUUCUACUCAAGUGACACAGAGGAACCCACUGUAGCACCAGAUCUCAAACCUGUAAGGCGCUUUGUCCCUGAGUCCUGGAAGAACUUCUUCAGAGGGAAGAAAAAGGACCCUGAAUGGGAAAAGUCAGUGUCUGACAUCAGAUACAUCUCCGAUGGAGUGGAGUGUUCACCUCCAGCCUCUCCAGCAAGAGCAAACCACUGUUCACCCCCAAACUCCUGCAGAGAUCCUUAUGGAGGGUCAGAAGGACCCUUGAAUUCCCAGGAAGAGGCUGAGGCAAUGUUUUCCCAGGAUCCCUAUGGAUCUCUAGGCCGACACACACAAACGGCCCGCACAUACAGCGAGAAGGUGGAGGAAUAUAACCUGCGCUAUUCCUACAUGAAGUCAUGGGCAGGCCUGCUGCGGAUUCUGGGUGUGGUAGAGCUGCUUUUGGGGGCCGGCGUCUUCGCAUGUGUCACAGCUUACAUUCACAAGGACAGCGAGUGGUAUAACUUGUUUGGAUAUUCACAGUCCUAUGGCACAGGAGGCAUUGGUGGUCUUGGCAGUAUGUACGGGGGCUAUUACUACAGUGGCCCCAAAACCCCUUUUGUACUUGUGGUUGCUGGAUUAGCCUGGAUCACUACCAUUAUCAUUCUGGUUCUUGGCAUGUCCAUGUAUUAUCGGACCAUUCUUUUGGACUCUAAUUGGUGGCCCCUAACUGAAUUUGGAAUUAACGUUGCAUUGUUUAUUUUGUAUAUGGCCGCAGCCAUAGUCUAUGUGAAUGAUACCAACCGAGGUGGACUCUGCUACUAUCCAUUAUUUAAUACGCCCAUGAAUGCAGUGUUCUGCCGGGUAGAAGGAGGACAGAUAGCAGCGAUGAUCUUCCUGUUUGUCACCAUGAUCGUUUAUCUCAUUAGUGCUUUGGUUUGCCUAAAGUUAUGGAGGCAUGAGGCAGCUCGGCGACACAGGGAAUACAUGGAACAACAGGAGAUAAGUGAGCCAUCAUUGCCAUUGAAAAGGAAAAUGUGUGAAAUGGCCAGCUGUGGUGACAGACAGAGAGACCAAGAAGUUAAUUUCAAAGAAUUGAGAGCAACAAGAAUGAAACCUGAACUACUGAGUGGGCACAUCCCCCCGGGCCACAUCCCUAAACCUAUUGUGAUGCCCGACUAUGUGGCGAAAUACCCGAUGAUUCAGACAGAUGAUGAACGAGAACGCUAUAAAGCUGUGUUCCAAGACCAGUUUUCAGAGUACAAAGAGCUGUCUGCCGAAGUUCAGGCCGUCUUGAGGAAGCUUGAUGAGCUGGAUGCAGUGAUGAGCAGGUUGCCACAUCGUUCAGAUAACCUACAGGAACAUGAGAGAAUUUCAAGAAUUCAUGAAGAGUUUAAGAAAAAAAAGAAUGAUCCUACAUUUCUGGAAAAAAAAGAACGCUGUGAUUAUCUAAAGAAUAAACUUUCUCACAUAAAGCAAAGAAUUCAGGAAUACGAUAAAAUAAUGAAUUGGGAUGUUCAAGGUUAUUCUUAAACCUUAUUUGAAACCAAUUUUUUUAUAUCAAACUUAAUAUUUAUUCAGUAUUUUUUAUGCUCAUCUCUGUGAUAAAGAAGCAAGUACUUCCUGAAUCAGCUGGUAGUUGUUUAGCUGGUAUGCAGUGUUAAAACUGUAUGAUUUCACUUCAGACAUUUCAAAACAAAUUCAAACUUCUAAGGGCCUUUACUGAGAACAAAGUCCUGGAUUCGUCUGUGUACAGUUCAUUUUUAUCUUGUUAAAAUUAAAAGUGAUUCAGAGAUCAUAUCCUGACAUUCUCAUAAGCUGGAGGAGUGUCCAUUCUGGUGCUGCUUUUUCCUAGAACUCAGGCCAGUUCGAGGAUUUUUAUAGGACAAAUGUCUCUUCCUAGCCAAAGGUGUCAUCUCUUCCCUUAAAAGGGGUUUGAGUCUGAGAUCAGUGUUUUGAAGCCUUAUGAUCUUGGGCACUGUGCUUUAUCCCUCUGGGCCUGUUCCCUCAUCUGUAAAAUGGAGCUAAUCAUAGUACUUACCUCACAGGGUUGUUGAUGACAAUCAAAUUAGUUAAUAUUUGUAAAGCAUUCAGAGCAGAACCUGGCACAUUAUAAGUACUACAUUAGUGUUUGUGAAAUGAAUAAACUACCUAGAAUACAUCUCAAAGAAAGGUCCUUAAUGAGCAAAACUUAACCAACUAACCUAAGGCCGUGUGUCCUGUGACGUCAUUUUUAUUCUGUUAAUAACAGAUGCUUGUAGCCUUAGCAGAUGCUUCCCUGUGACUCUGUGCCCAUCGGAGGCCAAUGCAGCCUUCCUAUCUUUAAUCAGCAUCUCUGCACAUAUCUUCACAUCUCCACAGCCCAGCCAAUCCUUUAAACAUUGAAUAGAAAGAGUGUGUGAAUAUUGUUACCUUUUCUAUCCUGUUUGGUUGUCCAGCCUAAGGCCUCAUGAUGUUACAUUUUAGAAUCUCCCUUUGAUUUGAUUUAUUGGGAUAUUGCAUCUUCCCAAGAAUUAUCUUAGCUUUGGGCUUUAUUCAUGAAAAAUGUUUUAUUUUUGUUAAUAUGAACAAUGGACUGCUGAAAAUGUUUUCAAAAAUCAUUGCUGUUAGAUCCUGUUCAGCAGCAUUUAUUUUAUAAUUUCCCAAGUAUAGAAAAUUUCUGCUUAAUAUAGCUGCCAUUUAAACACUUAAUGUUCAAAGGAUUUUUUAGGAUGAUAUAACUAAAGCAAAGCAUUUGGUAAAGCAGAGGCUUAACAAGUGUUGGCUACUGAAUAAAUUUCCUAGUUUUUCUUUGUCAGUGAAGUCUUAGUAUUUAUUGUUAAUACUUUAAUUCCAUGGUUCAGACUGUGCUCAGGCCCUAAGAAUCUUAAGUGACACGUAGGCAGUGUGAGGCCCUCUCUAGAAGCCCCCCAACUAGAAUCACUUCACUUUCUGUUUUACAUUUUGUACAUAUUACAUAAUUCCAUGUUAAUAUUUCACUUUAGGAAGAACACCACUGCUUAAAAAAAAAUUUUUUUUUUUAAGGUGAAAUAAUACCAUUUUGGUAGAUUGAAAAAAGUUAGAUUAAUAUUGAAAUGAAAUGUUAAAGAAAUUUAACUUUGCAAAACUUUAUUUUACUACAUUUGUAAAUGUUAAUCUUUGAAAAAAACAAUGUAACACUGAUUUAAAAAUUUUUUUAUGUCAAUACCUAGGCAUAUUAAAAUUUCAAUGACC